AUGUCCCAACUCAACGUCCGCGUGUUAGGUCUCAAGUACGACACAGUCGACGUCAAGACGCAAGUCUGGCACGGCUUCGCACUCCUCGUAACGCGCGACGACACGAGCGAUUACUCGGUCACGCCCACGCUGCGACUCAGGUGGCAACCUUAUGAUGGGCAGAGCACUGAAGUGACCGGUGAACAAAAAGCGCAGGGAGAGGGAGCAGUCGGGCACGACAAUGCUCAGCAGACGGUACAGGCUCUCAAGCUGCACCAAUACCAGGGCGAGCCCGCCGCCCAUACCAUCUGGCGAUUCAAGAUUGAGGUCCCUCUCUCUCAGUCUGAGCAGAAGGUCACCUACUCCCUCGAGGGAACUGCUCACCCCGACUCGCAGCCUCCCUGCAUCACUGAGGCUACGUCGAACAGCUUCUUUGUGCCCGCCAAGAACCAAGACUUCCACUGGAUCGGCCACUCCUGCAACGGCUUCAGCGCCAGUUGUGACACGAAGGAGUGGAACGGCCCCAAUCCGCUGUGGGACGAUGUCCUCAAGGAGCACAAGAAGCUGCCCUUCCACGCCGUCGUCGGUGGCGGUGACCAGAUCUACAAUGACAAGCUCGCUUUCGAGCCAGAGAUGAAGCAGUGGACCGAGGAGAAGAACCCAAAGAAGAGGAUGGCCAUGCCUCUCACCGAUGAGAUCAGCGCUUGCAUUGACCGCUACCUGUUCAAUCAUUAUGUCGAGUGGUACGGCAGCGGAAGCUUCUCCAAGACGAUCGCGUCGGUUCCGCAGUGCAACAUGCUGGACGACCAUGACCUCAUCGACGGAUUUGGCACCUACACCGAAGACCUCAUGAGGUCGCCCAUCUUCAACGCCAUCGGCUCCAAGGGCUUCUUCUGGUACUACCUCUUCCAGCAGGCCAUGAAGCUUGAAGUAGACGGCACCGACGACACUCCGGGCAAGCACUCAAAUCGCUCGAUUAUUGUCGGAAACAAGGGCGCAUACAUUGACUUCCCUCACCAAUCCUUCCUCACCUACUUCGGACCCAAGCAGUGGCUCCUCAUGGUCGACUGUCGCGCAGAGCGCAAGCUGGAUCAGAUCUGUACCAAGCAGAGCUAUGACAAGAUCUUUAAGCGCAUCCACUCUGAUGUUCCAGGCGGAGUUGAGCACCUCGUAAUUUUGCUGGGAGUUCCGCUCGCGUAUCCGCGCAUGGUCUUCCUCGAGUCGACCCUCUCCUCAAAACUCAACCCACUCAUCAUGCUUGCCAAGGGGAUCAGUUCAGGCUUCACCAACGAUUUCAAUGGCGAUGUUGAACUCUUGGACGACCUCAACGAUCAUUGGUGCGCACGACACCAUAAGAAGGAGCGAAAUGCCCUUAUCUGUCGAGUUCAGGAGUUGGCGCUGGAGAAGCACCUCCGUAUCAGCUGGAUCUCGGGCGAUGUCCAUGCCGCAGGCGUCGGCUAUUUCUCCGGCUAUCAUCACCACGAACCUCGCAUGGACCCCAAAUUCUCCCUCGCUGUCAUCACCUCUGCCAUCGUGAAUGCUCCACCUCCGCCCGCUGUCAUCAACAUGCUCAACAAGCUCGCUAAGAAGACGCACCGCAGCCUCUGGAAGCACGGCACUAAGGAGGGCGCCGUUCCCGUCUUCGAGCUCGACCUCAACGACCAAAAGCAGAAUGACCGCUAUAUCAUGGGAGCUCGCAAUUGGUGCGCUGUCAAGCGUGACGCGGGGACGGGUGACCUGGAGUUUGAGCUGCGCAUUGAGAAAAGCAAGGGCAGCGGGCAGACCAAGUCCUACCCGGUCAAGGCUCCGCCUCCGGCGUGGCAGGUGGGCAAGGAGCACUGGGGUAUGCUUCACAGCAAGGGCUUCAACAAGCAUGUCAACGCUGGGCCUGCCUCGGUCAUCGGCGAGGCAGAGAAGCCGGGAGCCAAGCCGGCCACCGUGACCGGGCCGACUGAGGGAGUCAACAGCACAGCUGACGGUGUUAGCGUGCCCAAUGGCGUCAAUGGAGCACCAGCUGCUGCGCCCACAACGGCUGCCGCUGCCUAA